GCUCUGCUUCCUGCCUGGCGGAGGGAGGGACGGUGCUGACGGCUGGGAGGACGAGUCAACCGACAAGAAAGCUUUAUAAAAAAGCUAGAAAAGAAGGAAAAGGGCCCGGGGUUCCAGCUUCCGUCGGCGUUACAGCUUUAGCUCGACACCGCUCAGCGACCCAAUCUAAUGCAAUGUCGUCCAGUCGUCAGCAUAGCGAGAGCAGGGCCAUUCCGACCAGGACGGUGCUGAUCGACGACUCAACGCAGCUACCUCACGAUUAUUGCACCACUCCUGGAGGCACUUUAUUUUCAACUACCCCGGGCGGCACCCGGAUCAUCUAUGACCGUAAAUUCCUGUUAGACCGGCGUAAUUCCCCUAUAGCCCAGACUCCACCAGCACAUCUGCCCGUCAUCCCUGGAGUGACGAGCCAGAAGAUCCUGAAUGAGAACAAGAAGAAUGAAGUGAACAACAUCAAUAACCACGAUGGCAAACCGGGAACAGGUGAAGAUGCCCAAUUUGAGAUGGACAUCUAAAGAAGAGGAAACCAACAUGAUGAGCGCGUAAUAACCUGGCAUUUGUGUGCCAGUGGCUUGGCUUGUAGAAACCAAUGUUGUGAGCCCUCUCCUUUAGCUCUCUCUAGCUGUUGGUUGCUAAAUAAUCAUGGGGAUAGUCGACUCCUGUCGGCCCAGUGAGCUGCUGGAGCCCUGAAAGUUAACGAAUAAUUCUGAUUUUGUUUGAUUAGGUUUCAGGGCUACCACCAGCUUUACAUGCUGUGGCCACACCGCAAGGGAAAUGUCUGUAUUAAAGUGCCCAAAUGUAACAAUUACUGUAAACAGAUUCACUUGCAAAAAAACGCCACCAAGAGAUUUCUUCAUGGUAAUUUAGUGCCGUUUCCACAGUAAGAUAAAUGAUCCAAAAUGCUCACACAGCGUCUGUCAUUAAGACAUCUACUCAUCCGUGCACCCCGUUACCUCCUUGUUGUUUCAUUGUUUUCAACAUUGUCACCUUUGUUCUUUUUUUUUGUAAAAGGUCUAGUAGCAUUGACUAGUGUCAUGCAUUUUGGUUCAGAUUUAAAGAGUACUAUUUUCAUUCCAAGCCUUCAAAUUGGGCAUUGAUGCAUAGCUGGAUCCAUUUUCUUUUAAAAUGCCCUAAUACAAACUUCAGAUUCAGCAUGGGGGGAAAAAAAAGUUUUAUAAAAUGCCUAAACCAUGGACCUUAAGUAGGAAUUGCAGUUGGAAUCCUGCCACAUUUCUACCCCAUUUCCCUCCCUCUUUAUCUAAGGAAAAUAAAAACCUUUGGAGGGGGAACAAUAAUGAUGAUCAGGUGGACUUGAGCUAGUGAUGCUGUGUUCAGUUUUUUUGAUUGAUCCUGCUAGCAAUAUAAUUUGCCCCUGUCUUUGAUUUCUGAUUAAAUCCUGAUGAUACUUGAAGCAUUACCAUCAGCUUUGUGGUCACUGAGUCUAAAAAACAACAAAAUACUGUAGUACAAGUGACCCAAAAUAAGUUAGUGGUCAGAGUUUGACAACAUGCGCAGCUUUGGACCAGGGAAUGGUUAAAUAUGAUUUAUUAAUAGGUAAUGAAUAGAAAAAACCCCUUUCCAGAGCUGGUCUCAAGAUGCACUUAUAUACAAUAGAUCACUUUUAGCUCUUCUAGGUGAAAUAACUGGGAAGUAUCUAUCAUUAUCUAUCAUAAUGCCAGUCGUGAAAUCUACUUUCAUUUUCUGUUUGCUAUUAUAUAUUUACAAACCUGCAACAUCAGAUCAAAGGUAGGAAAGCACUGAAGUGUUGUCAGGAUGUUUGCUCAGCAACUUUACAUCACCAGUAAUGCAGUUAGGACAUUUGUACCAGCAUUCGAGACGAUGGAUAGUUGCUGAUCGUGACCUGACAUUUGAUUUUCUUUUUUUUUUUUUUUCCGUUUUUGAUGGAUCAAAAGCUUGAAUGAAACAUUUCCAAAACACCUCUAUGCAUUUAGUUGAAACUCUUCUAUAUCUUAUCCUAAGCUCAGAUGUCAAAUUAAAAAAAAAACAACAAAAAAAAAAUUGUAUUUCUGUAAAAUUUAUUUUUCAUCUUUAGAAAAGGAAAGGUUCUACGAUUUUUCCACAGGAGAGCAAAAUGAUUGUCUUUAAACAAAAGUGACUUAAAGGAGAAUCCAAUUCAUUCUCUGCUCCACACCUUUUGUGCUUAAAUCAUUCAUUUGUUUUUUUUAUUACAAGUCUCUUUACCCAUGCCUUACUUUAAGUGUCAAAGCUGUGACUUAAACAGGUUUAGUUCACUUGUCUUCAAAUUGUAAAACUUUAUUUUCUGAGAUUAGGAUUAAGAUGUUUAUCAGAAUGCAUUUAUAAUUUCGGAGACAUGUUGGUCAUAUUUUUUUCUCUCUCUGCUUUAGAGGUAAAAGGUUUGGGCUUUCAGCAAUAUAUUGGUUGAAAUAAGAUAAGUGAGUGAUUGGGUCAAUUUUAUAUUCUACCUAAUUGGAUUAAUGGCUUAUAAUUUUUUUCUUUUUUGCUAAGCAUUGCCAACUUUUAUUAAUUCCCAACAGUUUUAUUUUUCUGACGUUUGAAUUUACAGUUUAACUCAUUUAGGAUUUAAAUACCAAUUGGCAAGAUGAAAUGUGUUGAAGCAGAUGGUGCCGUAUUCGCUGAAUGUACUCAAUGUAUUGAGAUGUCAAAUCCAGUGUCUUUCAACCCUCUUAAUUCACAUGUGUAUUUUUCCAUUCUGUACUCAUUGAAAUUUAUAAAUUGCCCAUCGGAGACAGUUAUAACUAUUCUAAGAGCCUUCCCUGAUUAAUUUACCAAAUGUUAUGCAAAAAGUGGCACAAACUGUUUUUUGUUUUUUUUGUGAUUAAAACCAUGUAAAUUGACCUUAAUUUGAAUUCAAAUCCAAUGCCAGUGGACACUAUUCCAGCAAAAUCAAUAAAAGUUCCUUUGAAGACCCUA